AUGAGGCGUAUGUUUCUGGUCUCGAGGAAUGGUUAUAAGAGGUGGCCAGAGAAACAAAAGUUACAAACUUUUCGUGUAUUAAUAAGCACUUACAUCUUUAGUCAACCUCCUAUACUUGCACAAUAUCACACCAUACCAUGUUCGAAUCUCAAACUCUACUGUAGACGCCCCCGUUCCACUAUGGCUAAAAAGAAUAACAAGAAAAGCAAGGCCAAGGCCAAGAAGGCGGCUCCUUCGGUGGCCGUGCCCGCGACCAACGUAGCCUCUUCGGUUGCCGCUGAUCCCGCUGCUGUGGAGACCGCUUCUUCCACUUCAGCAUCACUCAGUGUGCCCGAGAGCGCCGCAGCCACAGAGACAACAGCUUCGACAUCGCCAACCUCGCCCGUGACCAAUGUUUCGCCGUUGGCUGAGGCCAUAGCUGGAGAUGAAGGAUCUGGUUCAAUCCCAGAUGAUGAGGAGGACAUUGACGAGGAGGAGGAGACUGGCACCGAAGAGUCUGCAGAAGCCGAGGCUGAACCCGAAUCGCCAGAAGGAACAACCCCGGUGCUUACUGUGCAGCCCAACGCCCUGGCUGCCGAGCCCACAGUCGAGACAGUAGACGUCGUUGUUCCUGUUCCUGUUGAGCCUGAGGAGGAUGAGCAGGAGUCUGAGGUUAAGGCAGAGAUCGAUCCGGUGGUUGCGGAGAUCGAGCAGCCCGAGCCCCCUAUGGCUUCGGACAAAGACUUCUUCUCCACUUUGUCCAAGGAGGAGGAUGGAGAGGAGGAUGUGAAAGAGGUUGCUACCAGUACUACCACUGAUGUUGCAACCCCUGUUGCCACUGCCACGCCUUCCAUUACACAGGUUGAGAAGCAUCUGGAAAGCCGGUUCAUGGGGAAUCCUGUGGUGGAGAAUGAGAAGAAACACAAGGAGGAUGAAAUCCGCGAAGUGGAGGACCAGCUGACCGAGCGGCUGAUGCGAGAUCCUGUUGUUGAGGGCAUUAAGCGGGAACGAGCCGAGGAAAGCGCCCAGGUCGAGGAGAAGCUGGAAAAGCGAUUCAUGGAGGACCCUGUGGUUGAGCAGAUCAAGCAGGAGCAAGCCGAUGAAUAUCGUAAGGUCCGGGAUCAGCUAGAGACCGGAUCGGAGGAGCCCAACGACGAUUUCUUCGCCAACUUAGGGUCUGAGGAGGCUAAGCUUCAGGCCAAGGACACCGAGCCCGAUACAAAGCAUGAAGACGAUUUCUUUUCAACUCUUGGAGGUAGCUCAGAUGAAACCGGUAAGAAGACUGUCGCUGAGACACAGUCUGAGCCCGAAACCAAGACCAUUGAGACCGCUAAGGCUGAGGAGGCUAAGCCUAUCGAAACCAAGACCGAGCCUGUUGCUGAAGACGACUUUUUCUCUGGUCUAGGCAAGUCUGAACAAGAGCAAGGGUUUGUUCCUGAGCAUACCACUGCUGCUUCCACUACAACCAAGGAAGAGGACGACUUCAUGGCAUCUCUGGCCCAGCCCCAAAACCCCGAGCAGACAGACCCCCUUCCUCAGGAUGACUUUUUCAGUCAGCUUGCAGAGGAAAAUGUGCAGUCUGUGUCUGCUGAGCCUGAGCACAAGUCCCCUGUGGCCGCUCCUGCUGCCACGAAGGCUGCUGCUGCUGAGGAUGACUUCUUCAGCCAACUUGGGAAGUCUCCUGAAAAGUCUGUUCCUGCUGCUGCUACGUCUGAUGAUGCCCCCCGAAGAAGACACAAGGUGCAGCCCAGUGGAGCUGACUUUUUCGACCAGCUUGGAGUAAGCGAGACUGAGGCUCCUCCUGCCCUACACGAGCCUCCACAGCCGAAGCCCAUCACCCUGUCCCUCGACGAAGACGACGAUCUGCUUCUGACGGACGAGGAUGACCAGGCCGAGGUGCUGGCUGAGGCAGGCAAGCCCAACCCUCCUGUCCAGUCAUUUGCAUUUUUGGAAGACGACGAUCUGCUGGAGAGCGACCAGGACUUCCUGGAGACGGACGACGAGGACGAGGAACCUAUGGCUGCCCAGACUGGCGGCGACUUCCGAGCUAACCAACAGCACCAGAACACUUAUUUUCCCAGUGUGCCUGUUGCCCCCGUCUCCACAAGCAGAUAUAGUACACCCACUGUGCCCUCUGUGUCUCAGUUUGGAGGUUACGGAGCUGCUCAGUCCACUCCUAAUAUGUACCAGCCUGUUUCUUCACAGUCUACCCCCUCUGCUGCUGCUCCUGGAGCUGGCAAACGUGUUGACAAGAACAAGUCGGACGCUUUUGAUUUCCCCACAGGUAUGAUUCCCAAGGUUGUCAAGAAGGCACGGUCGCAGCAGCAGCUUCCCCAGGCCCAUGGUGCGCCUGGUGUUACCCCCGGUCUGAUGCCUGCGUUUGGAGCUGCUCCGGGUGCUCCUCCUACACCUGGAGUUCCCCCCAUGGGUCCUCCUGUUGCACGACCUGCUAGUAACCCCUAUGCUCCUGCUCCUGUCCAGCCGCCUACUACGGCUCCUAAGAAGAACUUCUUCGAGGAGCUGCCACCCAUUCCCGUCAAGCCUAUUUCUCGGCAGCCGAGCUACGCUCUGUCUCCUCCUCGGGCUCCUUUUGCUCAGGAGGCUUCUCAGCAACCUCGACGAGUCAGUGAUGGCUACGGAAUGCCUUCUCACGGUGGCCCUCAUUCAGGUGUCCAUUCUGCGCCUGUUUCACACCAUAACAGUGUUUCUGGACCCCCAGCUGCUGCUCCCCAUAACCCCUAUGCUCCUCCCAGUGGUCCCUCAGCUGUCCCUCCCAAAACGAGCUCUCCUUAUGCUCACCCUCCAGCUGCAGUGCCUCCUAAAACGAGUUCACCCUACGCUCCUCCUCCUCCAGCAGUACCCCCUAAGAGUAGCUCGCCCUAUGCUCCUCCACCCGUGAGUCAUUCGGCACCUCCUGCUGGUGGACCUCCUGCUGGACCUCCUCGAGGAACUUCUCGUGGCGUUCCUGUUCCUCAGCCUCAGCCUCCUGUUGCUGCCGCUGCUGCUGCUGCUGCUGCUGCUGCUGCUGCUGCUGGAACAGCUUCGGGCCCCCCUCCUGCUGGACCUCCACGGGUGUCGUCUCGAAAUGCCUAUGCUCCUCCUCGGGGAGCUCCUCCUCGAGGCACUACUCCUCCUGUAGUUGCUCCGGCUAUGGCUUACUCGCCCAACGUUUCUCCCAAGCGAGUCAUCCAGCAGCCUCAGACACAGUCUCCUCGACGAUAUUCAGAGUUCAAGGACAUUGGCCAAAAGUCUACAGUUUCGGAUGAGGCGCUUCGAAAGAGACAGUUCCCCAUUUUCCGAUGGAGCAAUUCCAAGAACGCCACUUGUCUGAUUGCACCUCAAAUUGGCUACGCCACUGCUGUCAGCCAGACCUCGGUUCGUCUGUUGGACGUGAGCAAGGUUGUGUCCACUGGUGAAGAUAUUACGCGAUUCCCUGGGCCCCUGUUCACUCCUAACAAGGGCCCUGUCAAGUCCAAGAAGAAGGAGCUGGAGAAGUGGGUGGCUGACCACGUGAACCUGCUGGACUCGCAGAAUGCCGAUGCUGAUCGGGUUCUGCUGUGGAAGUUGGUUCGUGUGUAUCUGGCCAAUGAUGGAGUCAUCAACUCUGCUCAGGUUCGAGCUUUCCUGACUCCUCAUUUCGAGCAGAGUGCUACCGGUGACGGUUCUGCCUUCACGUCUGCCAUGGACCUCUCGUCAUCGUCAUUUGUGCCUCAACAGGGAGACAAUGGCCCUUCUUUCUCUGGUUCAGACGCCAACCAUGUGCUUCGACAUCUUCAGAGCGGAUCUAAGGACGCAGCCAUUCGACAUUGUAUGGAUCGACGUCUUUGGGGCCAUUCUAUGCUGAUUGCCAGCACUAUGGGCCCCGAGAAGUGGAAGGAUGUGGUGUCUGAGUUCAUCAAGGACGAUGUUCGACCUUUGUACAAGCCCACUCUUCAGUUCCUGUACUCUUCGUUUGGCGGUGUGAUCCCUUCAUCCGAGGCGUACGGUGACUGGAAGGAGACGGUUUCUUACCUCUUGUCCAACGCCAAGGACGAUGGUAGCGACUUGUCUUCUCUCGUUUCGCUUGGAGACGAUCUUGUGCAGAAGGGGUAUGUUGCAGCUGGCCAUUUCUGCUAUGUAGUUUCGCGGGCUCCUUUGACAGACAAGAUCACCCUCCUGGGCUCCGAGGGUCGAGAUCUCGACGCCAUCUUAUUGUCUGAGACCUACGAGUUUGCUCUGGGUCUCAAGACCAAUGUUGCGAUUCCCCAGAUGCAGCUAUACAAGUUGGUCCAUGCCGAGGUAUUGGCUGAUCUGGGCAAUGUUGCUCAGGCCCAGCGGUACGCCGAGUAUCUCAACCAGGCUCUCAAGAGCUUCACCGACAAGUCCUCCAUCAUUCAGCCUGCUUACAUCAGCCGGCUGAUUGCGUUGUCAGAUCGAGUGUCGUCCACUCCUGGUGCCACCACCGGUUCGUGGUUCUCUCGGCCCAAGCUGGACAAGGUGCUUGGUCAUCUCGACAAGAGUCUGUCUAAGUUUGUGGCGGGUGAGGAGGCCAACGUUGCUGGCGCCUCUUCUGCAAGUGACACAGUGUUCAGCCAGAUUGCAGCCACCCCCGGCAUUUCUCGAACCACCUCCGUGGUGGAUCUGAGUCAGCAGUCUGCUGUGACUCCUGGUUACCAACAGCACCAGCCUUAUGGAGUUCCUCCCACUCGAGCUUCCACAGGUAACAUUCUGCGGCCUCAGGGCGGGUCUGGACCCUAUGAUUCGCGGCCCAGCUUGCCUCGGUCGUCGUCUGCCAUGGAUGCGGGUCCUUCGGGCUAUGGAUACGAGCGAGCUCCCUCUGUUGCCUCUGUGCAUUCUGUGCAGUCUGACUACCCUCGAGUUAUGUCACCCAUCGACGUUGGUGGCGUGAGUGGCGGUAACAGCGCUUAUGCUCCCGUUGGUGGAGCUGGUAUCUAUCCUCUUCCUGCCGGUGGCUCUAGUGCUGCCAACGCAUAUGCUCCCGGUGCGGGUGGCAAUGCAAAUGCUCCCCCUUCUGGAGCUACCGCUAAUGCCUACACUCCUGGUGCAACUUCCUCUGGCCCCUCUCCUUACGCUCUUCCCUCUGGAAACGUGUACGCCCCUCCCUCUGCUCCCUCUGCUUCUGGUGCUUCUCCCUAUGCACCCAGCGCCUCAUCUUUCUCUCCUCGUCAGCCUGCUUACGGUCGAUCUUACGCCAGCACGCCUGAGCAUCACAUCGAGGAGGAGGAGGAGACUGAGGCUGUGGAUCAGGAGCAGGAGCCUGCGGCUGACUACUCUCACCUUGAGAACGAGAAUGAGCGAUAUGAGCAAAAGUCUGAACCUGAACCUGAACCGAUGGCACACCCUCCUCCUGCUCAGAAGGCCCCUCCUGCGGCUCCUCCAGCCCAGCAAGCGCCUGCUCAGAAGGCUGGUCAGAAGCCUCCCGCUCGAAAGGUGGCGCCUCCCCCCAAGCCUUCUGUCAAGUCUGUCUACAACCCCUACGACCCGGGCUCUCCCGCAAAAGAAAAGAAGUCUUCAGCGGCAGCAUCCAACAAGUAUGCGCCAGCUAACAGCGCCUACUCGCCUGGUAACUCUUCUGCCCCUGCUCCCACUGCCAAUAAGGAGCCUGAGCCUGCAACCACGUCUGAGGCCUACGGCUACGGCUACGGAGGUGGUUAUGGAGGCUAUGACCCAUACUCUGGUUAUCCGGCUGCUGAAGAAGAGGGCGCCGAGCCUACCGAGACGGAGGUGGAGAACGAGAAGGCCGGUGAGGCGGAGGCUGCUGCGGCUGACUACCCUGACUAUGGAGUUCCCUCGUACGGCUACCAGUCUCAGGCUGCAGACGAUGCUGGAGACUACGGUGACGAUGAGGGUGCGAUUUACACUCCUGCAGCCGUCACUCUGCCUCCCAUUAGCAACCUUCCUCCGGUACCUCUUCCAGGUUUGGAACCUGCUACUUCCGCUGCUCCCCCUGCCUCUCGGUACUCAGCUCCUACCGCUGCUGCUGAGGAAGAGGACGACGACGACUUUGGCGUGGGUAACAAGAAGCCCGUUGCCAAGAAGGAGGAGAAGAAGGCGGAGGAGAAGGAAGAGCCCAAGGACGGAGGAAAGAAGGGUUGGUUUGGAGGCUGGUUCAAGAAGGGCGAACAGCAGCCUGCAGACGACAAGAAGGUGUACAAGGCUAAGCUUGGAGAGAAAAGUAACUUCUACUACUCGGAAGAGCACAAGCGGUGGAUCAAUGGUGAUCUGCCGAUUGAGGACCAGAUCAAGGGAGCUGGAGGACCUCCUCCUCCCCCCAAGGCCAAGAAGCCUGCUGGUCCCCCUGCUGGUGGCACUCCUCCCCCUCCUUCUGGAGGUGCUCCUCCGGUCGGUGCUUCUCGUGGGGCCACUCCUCCUGUGGCCACCCCUCCCGCUGCUGAUACUCCUCCGGUUCCCGGAGCAGGUGGCGCUCCUCGACCGGCUGCCACGGGCGCUCCUCGACCCAAGGUGGUUGAUCCUCUCGAGGGCUUCCUCACCGGUGGACCUCCUACCGGCGCUCCUAGAAAGGGUGCUCGAAAGAGUGCAAAGAGUCGAUAUGUAGAUAUUAUGAACAACUAG